UUGUUAGUGCGCACAGUGAGACCCGCCUCUCUUCGUUUUCGCACACGGUCCCCUCACUGUAUAACACUGAGACUGUCUGUAUGUCUGUUCGCAUGUCAUUCAGCAGACGAAUCACAUCUCAGCACUGGUUUUGCUGUCGACGGGGUGAGAUCUAUAGUCAUCUAUUGCUCUCUGGAAGAGUCUCCGCAUGGGAUAACGUCCACAUGCUACUGUCAUGCUGGAAGCAGAUCGCUCUUGUGGACUUGCAAGAUCGGAGGAAUGAUAAAUGAGUGGAAAAAUAACCAGGGACGUGGAUAAUCGACAAAAGCUGAGUAUUAACCCGUCAGCAGUUCUCUUGAAUAAUCUGUCAAUAUCAAGCGUUCAAGACGGACGGCGCACAGAAGCACAGAGGGAGAAUGAGGGAACGGGACUUUAUGCCAAACAUGGAACGGGGCAAACCGGCCACAUACACGGGCGACAAAAAAGCUAAAAUGGCUGCUAAAACCAAUAAAAAGUGGGUGAGACUGGCUACUGUAUUCGCAUAUGUCUUGUCGGUGUCUUUGGCUGCUAUUAUACUGGCAAUUUAUUACAGUUUGGUAUGGAAACCGACGUCUUCAUCUGUGUCUGGACAGCCAGAUGUAUUGGUGACGGCUGCAACUAUUACCAUAAACACGAAUAACAUCACAACAAGUGACUUACCAACCACAGUCAAAAUGAAUAAUACACCAGCGGUCAGCCUAAGAUCGACACAGGCCCCCACAUAUGCCCACUCCACUUCUUCACAGAGACACGGGGGUGAUACCAAUGGUCAUGAAGGCCUUCUCAAUAUCCCCACAACGAAGAAUACUUACCAAACAGGAACAAUUGACUCUGCGCACAUUCACGACCAACUAGGACGUUUUAGUACAGCAGAAAAUAGCCACGUGUCAGAAACGGUCUACGCCAGUUCUGGGGAUGGUGCCACUGAGAACUGGCCAAACAUGGGGGAUUCAGCCUCUUCUAUAACUGACCAAGAAUCAAGACCUGACGUCUCCUCUUUGACAGAACAUGGUCUGGAAUUAACAGAGGGCUCAUCUCAUUUGCAAGAGGAGUUAGUUACCAAGGACACAGAGAAUGCAGCAAGUGGAGUGUGACACUAGAUUAUUUGUGUGGCACGUAAUUAUA